AUGACGUCAAAGCUGGAAUACUUGCAGCGUUAUAUAUCCAAUGGUGGCGAUAAUGCCGUGAAUGGAGACAAGAAGAAGAAGAGGAAGAAGAAAAAGGUCAAAACAGACAAAAAGGUAAAUUCUGCAGCUUUGGGCACGCAUGUCGUAGACGUAGACGAUGCAUGGGAGCAAUCAGCUCCUAGUAGAGAAGAUAUUGACAAGAAAUGGGAGCUUGAAGCUGCUGAGGAUGAGCAGCCAAUGGUUGUGGCUGAGGAUGGGGACGAAGUUGUUGAUAUUCAAGAUUUGCCAGUGUAUGUGGAUUCAGAUAAGUAUUUGGAUGAGUUACAGGAAAGAAAGCGAAAAGGAAAGGUAUUGGAAGAUGAAGAUCUGUCACCACCUCGGAAAAAGAGAGACGUAGAAUGUCGUGGGAGUGAACACAACGACAAUGACGCAUCGCCACUGAGACGACCAAAGAUUGAGGAUGCAUCCCCGCCACGAAGGCGACCAGAUGCUGACCAGAACAUAUCGAAGCGACAAACAAAAGAUGAUGAAGAGGAUAUCUUGGCAUUAAAGAAGUAUGGGCGUGAACAUCGUCGAAGUGAGGAACGAAGCGACGACGUUUCGCCACCAAGACGACCUUCGCGUAGGAAGCGGGAUGACGAUGUCUUACCAUCACGUCGUGACAGGAACAAUAAUGCUUCGCCGCAGCGUGCUCGAGAUGGUCUUGUGUCUUCUUCUCGUCGUGAGGAUAGUGAAGAUACGUCGCCUCCAAGGAGAUCUCAUUACAUGGAAGACGGAUCGAGACAAGGUGAACAGAGACGAAGACAUUUGCCAUCUCGGUCGCCUGCUGCACCUGAUCGACAACGUCGCGUAGAUUCUCUUGGCCGAGACAUUCCUUCUCGCCCUAGCCGAAAUAAGAGACAGCCUUCUUCACCUUCGAAGAAUAAUAACUCCGCCAGUAGACAUCGCAACAAAACUGCUAGAAGCCGAAGCAAUAGUCGAGGUGGUGACCGUGACAUGGAUCGUAGUCGGUGUGCUGCAACAUCGAGCAGAAGGGGGCGUCGAAGCCGCAGCCGAUCGCCACGCGCGCGUCGUUGUGACAGCCGAUCACCAACUGUGCGGCGCCAUCGCUCACCGAGAAAGUCGACGAGAUGGAGCUCACCUCGACGAGACGAGUCUACACGUGGUCGCAGCUACAGCCUUAGUCGUGGGAAACAUCGCCUAUCUUCUCCUUCUCAACGCUCUCACUCACGGUCGAUUAGUCCAAAGCGCCGGUUGUCAGAAGUAGCAAAGACAGGGGACCAUCAUGAUGCCGAUAAAGGCUUGUGCACAGCUGUUGAGCCGCCUUUGCGCAAGGAUAUCAAGAGCAAAAAUGCUAGUAGCUCGAAACCGAAUAUCGAGACGCACGAAGAAAAAGAAGAGAAAAAGGCUGGCUUGUUCACUGCUGCCGAAUUUGAUCGGCAACGCAAGAGUGCAGCAAAACAAAAGGACGUUUUGCACGGUGUCGAUGCCGCUGAGAUGGGUGCAAAUGCCAAGACGGUGUAUCGUGACAAGCGUGGUCGCAAGUUGGACAUGCUGAACGAGAUGGUUCGGCAACAGGAAGUUCUAGAUGGUAAGCGUAAGCGCGAGGAACGUGAGGAAUACGAAUGGGGCACGGGUGCAGUGCAGAAGCAAGAUCGCAAGUCGCAGUUGGAAUUGGUGAAGCAGAUGAAAAAUACGCCAUUUGCCCGACACGUAGACGAUGAAGAGCUUGAGCGAAAACGUCGGGAACGGGUGCGAGCAUUUGAUCCUUUGAACAGUAAGAUAUUUCAGGAGGAUCCAUUGAAUGAAGACAAGAGCAAGAAAACGAAGAAACGCAACAAGGACAAGAAGAUGAAGCGAAAAUAUGCGGGUCCACCUGCCCCACCCAACCGUUUUGGAAUCAUGCCAGGCUAUCGCUGGGAUGGUGUUGUGCGUGGUACAAAUUGGGAAGAAAAGAUAAUGAUGCGACAGAACACGAAGGCUGCAGUUAGUGAAGAAGCUUAUAAAUAUGCAGUUGCAGACAUGUAA